GCACCGCCGCUCUUUGUCUCUUGUGCGUGUGGUCACCCUGCCGCCGGACGUCAACCUUUGAAUUUUUUUCUUUUCUCCUACACGCCUCAUCCUCCCGACUCUUCCUCUCUCUACCAGUCGACUUCAUCGCCGACUUGAUACUUGCGUGACACUAUUCUGGUCGUCGACGCAUCACUAGGAAACAAGAAAGGCCUUUUUCAUAGCCUUUUUCCCCCUCCUUUUUUUUUUUUUUUCCCUCCGUGUUCUUUUUGGGCGACCAUAGGUUCCCCGCCAUCGCUUAGGGAAAAAAAAUCAACCCCGCCAUCAACCACAAACCACCAUCAUCAUGGUUUCCUCAUCCAAGGAGAAGAGACUCGCCAAGAAGGCGGCCGCCGCGGGUCCGAAGAAGGGCGCUAAGAAUGCCAGCACGACUGCCUCGUCGGUCAACGGCGAUGAGCCCGCCGGAAAUGACGCAGAAGAGAUCAAGCGCCUGGCCGACCAGAUGGACAAGCACGGCAUUUCUGACCGUGUCACCACCGGUGUCCUGUCCUCUACCCAGGCCAGCAGAGACGUCAAGAUCACCAGUGCCUCCCUCGUCUUCCACGGUCGCGUCCUCUUCAACGACACUACCCUCGAGUUGUCCUACGGACGCCGAUACGGUCUGUUGGGAGAGAACGGUUGCGGAAAGUCCACCCUUCUCAAGGCCAUCGCUGCCCGCGAGUUCCCCAUCCCUGAGCACAUCGAUAUCUACCUUCUGAACGAGGGUGCUCCCCCCACCGAGCUCGGUGCCCUUGAGUGGGUUGUUACCGAGGCUGAGCGUGAGAUGGAGCGUCUCGACAAGAUGGCCGAGAAGAUUCUCGAGGACGACGGUCCCGAGUCCCCUGUCCUUAUGGACUUGUACGAGCACAUGGAGAAGAUGGACCCCUCUACCUUCUCUACCCGCGCCUCCCUCAUCCUGACGGGUCUGGGUUUCAACAAGGUCACCAUCCACAAGAAGACAAAGGACAUGUCUGGUGGCUGGAGAAUGCGUGUCGCUCUUGCCAAGGCUCUGUUCGUCAAGCCUUCGCUGCUGUUGCUCGACGACCCCACUGCCCAUUUGGACCUCGAGGCCUGCGUGUGGCUCGAGGAGUACCUCAAGAAGUGGGAUCGUACCUUGGUCCUCGUUUCCCACUCCAUGGAUUUCCUCAACGGUGUAUGCAACACCAUGGUCGACAUGCGCGGCAAGCAGCUCCUCUACUACGGAGGUAACUACGACAUCUACAACAGAACGCGUACCGAGCAGGAGACAAACCAGAUGAAGGCCUACCAGAAGCAGCAGGACGAAAUUGUGCACAUCAAGAAGUUCAUUGCUAGCGCCGGUACCUACGCCAACUUGGUCAGACAGGCAAAGUCCCGUCAGAAGAUUCUCGACAAGAUGGAGGCCGACGGUUUCAUUCAGCCCGUCAUCCCCGACAAAGUCUUCACUUUCCGUUUCGCCGACGUUGAGAAGCUUCCUCCUCCCGUCCUGUCUUUCGACGACGUAACCUUCUCCUACUCUGGCGACCCCAAGGACGACCUGUACCGCAACAUCG